AUGGAGGACAGGAAGAGACCUCCCAUCAGCACCGCCGAGGAUCUCGCUCCUCCCAGCAAGCGACAUCAAACCGUGAAUGGCAGCAAGUCCAAGGGCGAUGGUGGCGAUACCGCCGAGGAGCACUGGAUCGAGAACUACCAAAAGGGCGCCAUAUAUAGGCAACUCCAGGAAACAAAGAGGGAAAAGGCCGACUUCGAGUCACGCGUCGAAUCGUUACAGAAAAAUCUCGUCUACCGGGAGGAUCAUAUCCGCAUUAUCGAAUCAUGGUGGAAGCAGGUCUUGGAGGAGAUGGAGCAGCUCGUGGAUCCCGCGCUACCACCACCGACAGGCCCAUUAAACCCUCCGUACAUCACUAGUACGCAUUUUAAGGACAACGAUGAAUUUCAAAGACACUUGAACGACACCGCCUCGGAUAUCAAGAAGCGCGCCGAGGCCGUGCUUAGUCGCAUCGCAAGCGCUCGGGGCGAGAUCACGCCGAAUAUCGCCGACUUGGAGGCGAGGGUGAAUAGUCUCCUCGCCCAGCAAAAGGACUAUCUGGUGAAGCUCGACCGGGCGCACCAGGAAAACGAGCAACUAUCGGAAGACCUCAACAAAGCCAGCUUACGAUUCUUUAAAGCGGAGAAGCGUAUGGACAGGCUGAAGAGUGCGCAAGUACAGAAGCUCGAACAGCAGUUUAUUGCCAGUGCGAAGCCGACAAUCGCCGGCGAGAACGGCAGCGAUAAUGCCGAAGCUAAUGGCAACGCGGCCGAGGCCUUGCUCAAAUUCGAGGAGGCGUCGGCGGUCGUCGCGAAGCAGAAGGAGCAGCUGGAGUCUGCGCAAUCCGAUAUCAAGACCCUGCAGGAGGAGAACUCGGCACUCAAGGCGCGGAGGGAGAGUUUGACCGACGAAGACUUUAUCCGGACCGACGUGUUCAAGCAGUUCAAGAACCAGAACGAGGACCUGAUCAAGAGGGUGAACCACCUGGAGGCGACGAACAAGCAGCUGCGGGAAGAGGCCGACAAGCUGCAGUCGGAGCGGACGGCGUUCCGGACGAAGCUAAACGACGAGGCCCAGAUGAUAACGUCGGAUCUGGAGCGACAGGUGGAGGAGCGCGACGCAGAUUUGACCCGAAUCCGAGCGGCCCGAGACGAGUGGUACGCCAAGGCGAACAUGCUGGAGACGCGAGAAAAGGAGGAGAAGCAGGCGCACCAGCACCUGAAGGAGUUGACGGGUGCUCAAGAGGACCGGAUCCAGUCGCUGGAGUUGGAGCUGCAGCGGUUGAAGCCGGAAGACCAGCAAAUGACCGAUCCCGACCCGGACGUGGACAGCCUGCCCGCCGAGGAGCUGUUGGCCAAGUACAAGAAGCUGCAGCAGGACUUUGAGUCCAUCAACAAGGAGUUGCCGGCACUGCAGCAGGCGUACAAGCGAUCUAUGACGUUGUCUCACAAAAAGGUCAUGGACUUCACGGCCCUCGAGGAGCGCGUAUCGGCCGCGCUCGCCGAGAAGCAAAAGGUGGACCAAAAGUACUUUGCAGUGAAAAAGGACGCCGACAUGAGGGAUCGCGAGCUCGGCGUGCUUCGAAGUCAGAACCGGAAGAGCUCCGAGAUUGUCGCCCAGCUCAAGGAGGUCGAGGCGCAACAUCGAAUUCUUAUCAGCAACCUAGAGAAGCAGCUUUCCGACCUGAAGCAGGCGAACGCGUCCAUGGCUGCGGACCACAAGAAGAUGGAGACGACCAGCUCCGACGCUGCGCGCCGGGUUGAAUCGUACAAGAACCAGAUUAGCGAGUUGACGACCCUCGUCAAGUCUCGCGAUGCGGCCGUCGCGGCGGCGAGGGAACGCACGACCACGCAGGAGGCAGAAGUGGAGCGACUCAAGGUGCGCGCAGACCUGGUGCAGAAGGAAAAAGACGAUUGGAAACGCAAAGCGUUGAGCAAUUCGUCGGAGGAAGAGGAGAUGCUCCGAACUUUCGCACUCUGUACUGUAUGCCGCAACAACUUCAAGGACACGGCCCUGAAGACGUGUGGCCAUCUGUUCUGCCACCAGUGCGUGGACGACCGGAUCAGCAACCGCAUGCGAAAGUGCCCCAACUGCUCACGGGCGUUCGAUAGGUUGGACGUCAUGUCCGUACACCACUAG